AUGUUGGCACGAAAGAGAAAAUUAGAGAGCACACCACCAUCAAGCGCUAACAUGUUUGACAGUGGCAUGAUGAUGGAAAGCAUCAUCAAGAAGCCUAGUAGUCAUAAGAUGCGUCGCGACUGCUCCUAUUAUGACCAAGAUGAGAGCUUCCAAGAAACGCCGCAGCCACUGGAAGAACGCGUAACUGUGUCCAUUGUUCUACAGCAGGAAAGUCACCACCAAAGAAGGCCCAACUUCGUAUUUGAUCACUUGGUGGAAUGCUUGUACCAGUUUGACAAGAUUUCUGAACCAUCCUGGUAUCAGAUAGGUAAAUGGAAUAGAAAAGAAUUCCAAGAGCUGUUCUUUUUACCAAAUCAACGGGUUCUGGAUACGCUAUGUGCUUCGGGGCUUGUCGAACUUUGUAGUACUGGUGAAUUGCGAUUCAAGAGAGUCGCAACUGAAGCAUUGCAAGCGAAGAUUCCUUCCUGCGAAUUUAUGUUACCUGAAUGUUGGCAAAGAGUCUGCUACCUCCGAAUCGGUUCUGCCAAGAGUUGCAAUAAUAGGGAACGAGUGACUUCUUUGAGUCAUCAAAUGAAGUUGAGACUUCCAAGACCAGAAUUCUUGUCGGCUCUCCAGAUGUUCAGAAGUCAAUAUGCAAAGGCGACUAUAGAUUCGGAUGGCAAGAGGGAUAGUGUUCCUACUGCUAUUGCGUGUGGCAAAGAAGCACGGAAGCUUCGAGAUAUAACAAACGAACUCUCACAGAUGGAAAUCCAGCCCAAGAAGAUUCGUGCACCUAUUACUCUUCCUGUUCUUCCUUGA